AAUUUCGGUGGCCAGCUCGUGACGCCCAGAAGAGGUUUUUUUUGUGGUAACCCCACGUGCUCAAGCGGAAGGAUGAGAUGAUUUAAGUAGGUAUACUUAAAUCAGUGCAUUACGGGUUAUCUGCUGCUAAAGGCAUCGCAGAAGAGAAGAAAAAAGCUGUCUCCAAACCGGUCACUUCGAGUUUCCGACAUGUAUGCGUUUCAGUGAGUGGGAUGGGCAGUAAUUCCACAGCACGAUUUUAUGUAUUUAUUUCCUCUCCUGAUGUAUGAACAAUGGAGAGACCGUCAGCAGAAAUUUCUGGAGGCCCUCCUCUCUGUCCCUGCGUUAGAUCAUUGUUUUUGAUGCUGUUGUUGUGUACGAGAGCAGGGAUGGACCCGAUCUUUUUGGAUUUCUGCUAGAAAAUACAGAGAACACCUGGCGGUAACUGCGACUCGCUUAUUCCUCCUCACUCCUAGACCAACAGGCGGCUGAUGCUCGCAGCUCUUUCAUCCUUCCAAUAUGAAGGUCAAAUUCCCUGGAUUAACUCACUACUGGCCUCUUAUCCGAUUCCUAGUUCCUCUCGCCAUCACAAACAUAUCCAUUGACCUAGGAGAACAGGCUCUUAACCGGGGGAUUGCAGCGGUCAAGGAGGAUGCAGUAGAGAUGCUGGCCAGCUAUGGGCUGGCUUAUUCCCUGAUGAAGUUCUUCACAGGGCCAAUGAGUGACUUUAAAAACGUGGGCUUGGUGUUUGUUAACAGCAAACGUGACCGUACCAAAGCAGUCCUGUGCAUGGUUGCAGCAGGGACGAUAGCCAUCAUCUUUCACAUUCUUAUUGCCUACACAGAGCUGGGCUACUACAUCAUCAACAAGCUCCAUCAUGUUGACGACUCGGUGGGUAACAAGACGAGGAGGGCUUUCCUUUACUUGGCAGUAUUCCCUCUGCUCGAUGCCAUGGCUUGGACACAUGCAGGCAUUCUUCUGAAACACAAACACAGUGUUCUUGUUGGCUGUGCUUCCAUAUCUGAUGUUGUUGCACAGAUUGUCUUUGUGACCAUCUUGCUUCACAGUCAUCUGGAAUGUGUAGAGCCUCUAUUGAUCCCCAUCCUUUCCCUCUACAUGGGUGCCCUGGUGCGCUUUACUAUCGUGGGUCUCGGGUACUAUCGCAACAUCCACCACAGAAUACCAGAAUCCAGUGGGCCUGAAGUUGGGGGAGACACCACCAUCAAGAAGAUGCUAAGCUUCUGGUGGCCUCUGGCUCUGAUCCUGGCCAUGCAGAGGAUUAGUAGACCCAUUGUCAACCUCUUUGUGUCCCGUGACCUCAAGGGCAGCUCUGCAGCCACAGAGGCAGUAGCAGUUCUGACCGCAACCUACCCAGUGGGUCACAUGCCAUAUGGUUGGCUGACAGAGCUACGGGCAGUGUAUCCAGCCUUUGACAGGAAUAAUCCCAGUACCAAACUGGCCAACAGCGGUACAACAGUGACUAAGUCCCGCAUCAAGAAAUUCACCGUCUUGUGUUUUGCACUUUCUAUAACGCUUUGCUUUCUGGUGUUCUGGACCCCUCACAUAUCUGAGAGGAUCCUGGUUGACAUCAUUGGUGUGGACCAGGCCUUUGCUGAACUCUGCAUACCCCCGCUGCUCAUCUUUUCCUUCUUCCCAGUGCCAGUAACCAUCCGGGCUCACCUGACUGGCUGGCUGAUGACGUUAAAGAAGACCUUUGUCCUUGCUCCUAGCUCAGUGCUUCGCAUCAUUGUCCUCAUCACAAGCCUCAUUGUAUUACCUUAUAUGGGCGUGCAUGGGGCAAGUUUGGGUGUAGGGUCCCUCCUUGCUGGAUUCCUUGGAGAGUCAAUAAUGGUGGCAAUAGCCUCCUGCUAUGUAUUUCGAAAACAGAAGAAAAAGAAAGACUCGGAGGAAGAGACAGUGGAAGGAGAAGACUCCACCCCCAUGAAUGACUUCCGGCCUUUGAGUCAAAAAGAUGACACUGUGGACUGAGAGAAGA